CCAAAGGUCUCUCUAACAUCAAGCCCAGCCUUUGAAACAUGGUACCCUAAAGAAUUGAUUAACUUCAAAUGCAAUGUCGAUGUGCCCUCUAGUUGGACAUAUGAGUGGUAUCAGAAUGGGAGUAAAAUUCAUGAAUCCACCAUUAAUAAUUAUAAAGCAGCCCCACUGACUCAUUCCAGCAAUGGCCAAUACCAAUGCAAAGUCAAGAGAAGAGGAGGCCAACUCUACACAAGUAAUGAUGUAUCAGUAAAAGUUGCUGAACCACCUACCCCGAUUAUAAAGCUGGAGACCUCCUGGACUGAUGUGUUUAAAACGGAAAAGUUGAGAUUCAGCUGUACAGGGCCAGACUCCAUAUGGACACUCACCUGGUACAAAGACCAAAAGAAACUAGAAACAGAGGGAUCAGCUCUCAAUAUUGAUUCUGUCACAAAAGAUGACAAAGGGGUAUAUACAUGCAAAGCUGAAAUUAAACCCAGAGGAGUCUCUUCUGCAUCAAGUGACACAAUAGUUAUCACUGUGUAUGAAAACAAGCCCAAGCCUCAGCUAACCAGAAUCCCAGACUUCCCUACCAUGUAUCCUGGAGAAUCUGUCACCUUCAGCUGCAUGGUUACUGAGUCCUCAGGAUGGGAAUAUGAGUUUUAUCAUAGAAGUACCAAAAUCGAUCCAACCAGCAAAAGUUUGGAAAGAAAAGUUGAUGUGACUAAUGAAAACAGUGGAGAGCAUCAAUGCUUGGCUAGGAGAGGCCAACUGAAAACAGAAAAGAGUGAUCCUGUUUCCCUGCACGUCUCUGAAAUUCCUGUUCCCGUUCUAAAGAGAAAAACCCAGUGGUGGGAUGUGUUUCCCUCUGAAAGAGCAGAGCUAGGCUGUGAAAUGGAAGGAAGCUCUGAAUGGAUAUUUACAUGGUUCAAAAAUGGAGAGAACGUUGCCGGAAACAGCGUCACUAUAAGUGAAGAUGGAAGCAUUCUAACUAUCACUAAAGCUUCAGGCUCUCACCAUGGGAACUACAGCUGCUCUGGCGAAUUAAAGGACAGGACUGUUCGCAGCAUCCGCAGCUCUGAAGCCACUCUUCAUGUCUAUGACAGUAAACCAACAGUGACACUCCUGCAGAAUCCAGACGACAAAUUGCUACACACUGGCGAUGCGAUCUCCUUCACUUGUCACGUAAAUGUCUCUUCUGGAUGGAAAUACUCUUGGUACAAAGACAACAAUAUCAUCAGCCCAACAAGAAUCACUCACAACAUCAGUUCUGCAUCAACGUCUGAGACUGGAUCAUAUGAAUGCCAAGUUGGAAGAGGAGAAGAAACCCCUCUGUUUUACUCAGAGAAGAGUCGGGCUGUACAGCUUACAGUUGCAGAGCGCCCAAAGGCAAGUAUAGUCCUGUUAACUACCUGGUCUGAGGUCUUUUCCACUGACAGCCUCAAGCUUCAAUGUGAAGUGGUGGGCAGCCAAGACAAUUGGAACUACACCUGGUUUAAAGAGAGCGAACAACUUAAUCAGGCGUCCUUAUCGACGCAUUCUGUUACGCCUUCGAAUGACCCAGAUCAGAGCGAGUACAUCUGCCAGGGCAUACGCACCAAGAGACCACUAUAUUCACAACGUAGUGACUCCUACAAAACCAAGAACCUCCUUUUAAAGAGGAGAGUCCUUCUUUCCAUCUCUGGCUGCAUUUUCUUUGGUAUCAUAGCUGUUUUUAUUGGAUGCAUUGUCAUGAGAGUUUUGCGCAAACCAGCUGAUGCGGAUGAUAAGCAAGAUGAAGCGAAUCUGUUUCUCACCAUGGCUCAGUUAAAGGACAGAAAUGAUGCUCCCUGCCCUCUGGUUGAGUACAUUACUGAUGCAGAUGUGAAUCCACCCGCAAAAGAAGGGGAAGAGAAUGCUACAAGCUGUACUGAAACAACGCCACUCCCAAUAACUUCGCCAGAGGAGCAAGCUGUAACAGCCAAUGGAAAAGAGACAACAGAAAAUGGUACUGCCAUGGUUUCCUUUCUACAAUGAACAGGAGAUGACCUCAACAUUCUUUUGGUUGAGACAAACCUCAAAAUGUUGUUCACUGGAAGUUAAAUAUAUUCUAAAUACAUCUGUGGCAUCACUGAGGCUCACAGAAAACCUCAGCAUGUUGCUAGUCCAGCUCAGUUCAAACUGAAGUGUCAGCUAUUAUGCGCCUUACAUGAACAUGUAUAAGUUGUUAAUGCAAAUUGUUUUAUUUUUCCUAUUGAGCACUUUUACAUGGCUAAUGAGACUAUCCAGAUGUAUAUUGCAUAUAUAGCCUAGUAAAACAGAUUGUAUGUAAAGUUGCAUCAUUGCUUAUAUUUCACUUUUUGCUUCAGUUCUCCAAACAGACAGCAGAUGUCAGUGUAACUUUUUCCAGUUUUUUUUUA